UUCAGUAAAUAUAGUAGAUUUGUAUUUGUACCCCUCUCUCUCUCUCUCUCUCUCUCUCUCCCCCUUCAUUCAAUGGUCCCCACUUGCUGAUCCUCAAAACCAGCGAUUUUAGAGCUUCUUUCUGUUGAAUUAGUACUCGUCUUUUCUAAUUUUCGAAUUAAUUUGUGUGUGUGUAUAUAUAUAUAUAUAUAUAUAUUUAUCUUUGUCUGGUUGUCUUUGUUCGAAAUUUUCGGGCAAUGUGGUUGUUGAUAUACGCCAAAUUGAGUAAUGAAUGCUUGAGUUUGGUUGUUCUGGUUUAGGGUUUUCUGGUUCUCUCCAUUUUGGAGGGAGGGGGAGGGGGAGGGGAGAGAAUGAACCUUCUCUCUCUCCUUAGGAUUAGGCAUUUUUUCUCGAAUUUUUUAGGUCUCUUUGUUGCUUUUGUAAUCGUUAUGUAGUUCGUUUUGGAUAAAUAAAGCGGCUUUUGGUCUAUUGGAAAUUAUCUUUGUCUUUUUGGAAAUACCGUACCACCUCCUGCAAACAUAAACAGAGAUGAGUUGCUUUUCUUGUAUGAGUCCUCGCCGAAAGGAUGUCAGGAAUUAUGAUGAUGAUACGGCUACCCGAUCCGUUGAUUCUUCAGUAAGCGGGAGAGGAAAGACUUAUGCUGAUAGAAAUGAAAAUGGGAGAAAUACAGGUUCUUUAAGAGGGAAAGGCAAGGAAAACAAUAGCGCAAAGGGAAAUGUUGCACGUAGUUUCACAUUCCGUGACCUCGCAAUCGCCACACAAAAUUUCAGAGAAGCUAAUUUGAUUGGGGAAGGGGGUUUUGGAAGUGUUUACAAGGGCCGCCUUGAAUCAGGGAAGGUCGUAGCUAUCAAACAACUUAAUCUCAAUGGCCUUCAGGGGAACCAGGAAUUUAUUGUGGAGGUUCUUAUGCUAAGUCUUCUGCACCAUCCCAACCUUGUCAAUUUGAUUGGCUAUUGCACUGAUGGAGAUCAGAGACUCUUGGUUUAUGAGUACAUGCCGAUGGGCAGCUUGGAGUAUCAUCUUUUUGACAUAGAUCCAGAUAAGGAGCCACUAAGUUGGAGCACAAGGCUAAAGAUUGCUAUUGGUGCGGCUCGUGGUCUCGAGUAUCUGCAUUGCAAAGCAAAUCCUCCUGUCAUUUAUCGCGAUUUGAAAUCAUCGAAUAUAUUAUUGGACAAUGAUUUAAAUCCAAAGCUCUCGGAUUUUGGACUGGCUAAACUGGGACCUGUUGGCGACAAUACUCAUGUCUCAACACGUGUAAUGGGAACAUAUGGAUACUGUGCCCCAGAGUAUGCCAUGAGUGGCAAACUGACUUUAAAAUCCGACAUCUAUAGCUUUGGUGUGGUUCUGUUGGAGUUAAUCACUGGACGCAAGGCCAUUGACUGCACUAAGAAGCCAGGAGAGCAAAACCUGGUUGUGUGGUCUCGACCUUUUUUGAAGGACCGGCGGAAGUUUGUUCAGUUGGUUGACCCCCUGCUGCAAGGAAGCUUCUCUGUCCGUUGUUUGCACCAUGCAGUUGCUGUUACAGCAAUGUGCCUUCAGGAACAAGCAAGUUUUCGUCCCCUAAUUGAUGAUAUUGUUGUAGCACUCGAGUACUUGGCCUCUCAAGCUGAGAGCUCAGAUUCUCGUCAAGGAGGGCAACACAUCCGCCCACCACCCUGUCCUUCACAACAAGACAGUGAUCUUGUUAAUGAGUUAUAAGAUUGGAGAGAGACUACUGCGUCAAACACAAGCUGUUUAAACAUGCAGACUGUGUAAGGUUAAAGCAAUUUACAAAGGGAUUUUGGUGGAAUUUGGGUUCCGAAGGCUUGCUAUAACAAGAGGAGGUGAAGAAAAUAGGCAACCUUCUUGUGCUUUUUCUGGAACCAUGAGGGUAAGAAGACCUCUUGCAUACAUUUAUGCUUGCCUUCUAACGUUUCCAUUUCUGAAUAAAUUGGAAGAUGUUCUAUUUUGUUCCCUUUUGGCCCCCCUCCACUCUUCUACCGAAAUAAUUAUCCAUUUUGGCUAUGCUACUGUAAAAAUUGUCAGAGAUGUCGAAGCAAGAAAAUCAAUUGAACUAUGGCUAAAACUAUAAUUAGAUGGACAAUUGCUUUCUUAUUUUCUUGUUUUUUUCUCCCCACAAGGUUUUGAUGUUUCCUUCUUGCACUUCUAAAGUUAACACAAAACAGACUAUAGUUGCAUUUAGCAGUCUGUUAAUCUUUAGUUGUAAUCUUCUGUGCCAUUGGGAUGAUCAUUGUGGAAUAAUGUGAUACAACUUGCGCAGUUUCUUU